CGGCACUCUAAUUGCCCCUCCAAACAAGGUCCCUACAUGUCCCUACGUGUGUACCUAUUUAUUGUUGGAAAUAGCACCGCCAAUCCCCCCUCCUCCCUCCCUCGCCCUUCCGCUUACUCCGGGGACUAUGAACAACCCCACAGACAUCCCCGCAGAGGAAAGAAAGCGCCUGGCAGACGACUCUCCACUCAAUGAGCGCGAGGUCAAGAAGAUAGUCCAGACCAUUCAACAAGUUUCGUCUGCACCCGUCACCGUCACCACUGCCGAUAAGUCUCCAGCCCAGCUCUCGGAACUUGACGAGGAGGGACAGGACGACGCAUCGUAUUACUGGGAUGCGUCGACCAUGGCUCCGCUCAACCCAGCUUCGGCGGCCGCCAUCGCCCGGCUCCGCGCUUUCAAACCGCCACCCUUCCCCCUGUGGGACCGCCUCCCCGUCAGCCGGAGAGCCGCCGUGCUGAUGCUACUCUACGCGGACCGGAGGGGCGAUCUGCGGGUGGUGAUCACCAUGCGUGCCGCGAGCCUGCGCAGCUUUUCCGGCCAUGCGGCACUACCUGGCGGAAAAGCAGAUACUCUAGAUGAGACGCCCUACCAGAUCGCCCGGCGCGAGGCGUGGGAGGAAAUCGGCCUCCCGAUGGACGACGCAAAGAUCCCGGCGCCCUUCCGGAUCGAGCACCUCUGCUACCUACCCUUCAACCUCGCCAAGACGGAGUUGGUAGUCCGCCCCUGCGUGGCCCUCCUACACACCACUAGCCCGCCGGUCCCCACGGGAUCUAUCACUGCGUCAUCGCCAUCGUCGCCGUCGUCGUCGUCGGCGGCGCCCACCACCACCGUGGAGGAGAGCCUGAUCCCCCGCCUGGACGCCAGAGAGGUGGCGGCCGUCUUCUCGGCGCCCUUUCACAACUUCCUUUGCGCCAACGACGAACCCGACGGCGACGUUAACGGUGACGGAGCCGACCCGCAGCAGCAGCAGCAGGCACCACCAGCGCCGGCGACCGGCCGCUGGUACGAGGGCUCGUGGGUGCACUGGCACGAGCAGCCGUGGCGGCUGCACCACUUCUACGUGCCCGUCGACCGGCAGCGGGUGGCGCGGCCGAGGGUGCGCGAGGGCGGACUCGCGGCCCUCGACGAGGGGGAGGACGGUGGCGGCGGCGGCGGCGGCGAUGGUGGCGGGGCCCAGAGUCAAGCCGGGGACAACGACGACGCGGUCGGCCGGUUCAAGGUCUGGGGCAUGACGGCGCGGAUCAUCGUCGACGCCGCCACUGUUGCGUACGGCGAGGAGCCCGAGUUCGAGCACAACAGCCACUUUGGCGAUGAGGCCAUGAUCGAGGGCCUGGAUAGGAUCGGUAGGCUUGGGGAGAAGAGGAAGGCUGGGAGUGAGCUGACGGGUGAGGAUAUGAGGAAGGCUAGCGAGGCUGCUAAGAUGUAAGCCCGGAUGGGGACUGAGGAGCAGUCCUUCAGCAGUCCUUCACGCGCGGCAUUGGCAUUUUGUAUGUGUCUCGAGAUAAUCGGCUGGAUAGACAGACAGUCCUACAUACGCUAGAAUAGAUCGGCACAAGCCCAGAUUCAUCUUCA